UUUAUCCCACCGGGCAUCAACCCACCGAGACGACGCCAAUGGCUGCCACCGCGCUCCUCCCAUCACUCCUUCUCCUCCUCCUCCCUGCUCCCAUCUCUGCCAUCUAUCCCUACGAUGGCUCCCAUGCCCUCCGCCGCAUGACCCUUCGCCACCCUCGCCGUCUCCCUUCUCGUCUCGCUUCUCAAUCCGCCCACCGCCGGAGUCCUUUCCCGAAGCGAUACGUAUUGGCCGAGACCAAGACCACUCCAGCUCUCGCUUCGUCAAAUUCCUCGCCCAACAGCUCGUCGUCUGAGCACCAUCACAGCCGCAGCCACAAGCAGAGCGUGAGGAACUGGAUCGUCGGUUUCAUCACCGGCUCGCUCUGGGGGAUCAUCUCCGGGAUUAUCCUCUCGGUGCUGUACCGGCAGGUAGUGAACUGCAUCCGCGGGCGGUACAGGAGCCCCGGCAGCCCCUCCAUCUUCAGCCCCACGCACAUCAAGCGCGCCGAGGACCUCGCCUUCCUCGAGAAGGACGAUGGGCUCGCGGCCCUCGUGGUCAUCGGCCGGGGCGGGUGCGGCGAGGUGUACAAGGCCCAGCAGCCACCCGAUCCCAGAAAGCCCGACCGCCCGGGCAUGGUCCUCGCCAUCAAGAAGAUCAUGAAGCGCACCCUGGACAGCGCUGAGCCGACCUCUGACGAGGAGAGCCGGCUGCUCGACAAGUGGAUGCGGCAGAUCCGGUCGGAGAUCCAGACCGUGGGCCAUAUCCGCCACCGCAAUCUGCUGCCGCUGUUGGCUCACGUAACGCGCCGGGACUGCCACCUCCUCAUAUACGAGUUCAUGAGGAACGGGACCUUGCAUGACGCGAUCAGAGGCGCGUCCGCGGGGAGGAGGAAGCUGGAGUGGCCGGCGCGGUACAUCAUAGCCCUCGGCAUCGCUGCCGGCCUCGAGUACCUCCACGUGGUGCACCGCCCGCGGGUGAUCCACAGAGACCUGAAGCCCGCGAACAUCCUGCUCGACGACGACCUCAACCCCCGGAUCUCCGACUUCGGGCUCGCCAAGGUGGUCCCGGACACGGUAAGCGGCUCCAUGAGGUCGGGGGUGGCGGGAACCAUCGGGUACAUAGCGCCGGAAUACCAUCAGACUCUGCUGUUCACCGACAGAUGCGACGUCUACAGCUUCGGGGUCAUCCUGGCGGUGCUCGUCACCGGCAAGUUCCCCACCGACGAGUUUUAUUGGACGACGGAGGAGAUAAGCAUGGUGGAUUGGAUGAGGAACGCGAUGAGGUCCGCGGAGCCGGAGGUGGCGAUCGAUCGAACACUUGUGGGCAAUGGGUUUGAGGAGCAAAUGCUGCUGGUGUUGAAGAUUGCAUGCUUCUGCACUUACGAUAACCCCAAAGCGAGGCCUAAUAGCAGGGAGGUCCGACUAAUGCUCGCCCAGAUCAAGCAUUAGCCUCAAGAAUUAACCUUUAGUUUGAUGUAUAUAUAGCUACAAGUGUUCCAAGUGCCGCAGAAAGGCCUAAUAAUGGUUAGCCUCAUUGCUGUC